AUGUGAUGUAUAGUUGCUGGUCGGGAAAGGAACGCUGAGGAAUAUUGAGUGGCGGAGAUUCUGUAAGGAUGUACCCUGUUGCUGCUGAUAGCGCGUCUUCCAUUCCCUGGAUAGCUAUGGAAUAUACGAUGGAUAGGAAUACUCGCGUGCAAAUUUAUGUUGACGUGAGCGGGCCCUCCACUCAUCAUGGAUUCCUUGGCCACAAGUCGCUAUGGCAGUGGUAGAAGGGGGCCGAUGAGACAGGGGAGUAAGGGAUCAGGGAGGGCCAUCCCAAUACCCCUAGAACCCCUUAAGCCGGGCAGCAGGAUGGACCCCCAAGAGCGUCUCUUCCUGGAGGCGGCCGAGAGGGGAGACAAACAUACUGUGGCGCGCUGUCUGCAGGGACCUAAUCCAGUCAAUGUCAACUGUACAAACAUCUUAGGGAGGUCGGCGAUUCAGAUUGCCGUCGACAAUGAAAACACGGAGAUCGUGGAGUUACUCCUGCACCAAGAUGGCGUCAAGAUCGGGGACGCUCUCCUUUACGCCAUCCGAGAGGGUGUCUAUAGAAUCGUGGAGAUGCUCAUCGACCACCCGAGCAUCACCCGGGAAAUGCUCGGCUUCGAAUGGGCAAAGACAAAGAUAUGUAGCGGUGAACAAAGUUCUGAAUACAGCCCCGAUAUAAGCCCUGUGAUUCUGGCCGCAACGUGUAAUCAGUUUGAAAUAUUGCAGCUGCUGCUUUCGCGGGGCGCGACGAUCGCGAAGCCGCAUGUGUUGUCUUGCGAUUGUGAGAAAUGCAUACAACAGGUGAAUGAGGAUAGUUUGCGACAUUCGCUGUUGCGUAUACACACUUUCCGCGCGCUGGCAAGUCCAGCGUGGAUCUCUCUCACUAGUCCAGAUCCAAUCUUAACUGCUUUUAAACUUUCGUGGGAGCUACAACACUUAGCGAAACGGGAGAACGAAUUUAAAGACACGUAUAACACACUCGCUGAUUCGUGUAAGAAAUACGCAUGUGAUUUAUUAGACCAGUGCCGAAGUUCUGAAGAAGUUAUAGCUGUUCUCAACAAAGAAUCAGACGAAGACGAAGUCCCACCGCCGCAAGAGGGCGGAUACGAUGAGAAACUCAGUCUCUCAAGGUUAAAACUCGCGCUAAAAUACGAACAAAAACAAUUCGUUUCGCAUCCAAACUGUCAGCAAUUGUUGACUGGGAUCUGGUACGAAGGACUUCCAGGUUGGCGGAAGCGAAAUGUGAUUACGAAAAGCUUUAUGUGCAUCAUGCUGAUCGCAAUGCUGCCGUUAUUCGUGCUAAACUAUUUGAUUGUUCCGCGAAGCCGCGUUGGCCAAAUCCUGCGGAGUCCGUUCAUGAAAUUUUUAUACCACAGCGCCUCGUUUGCUGCUUUCCUUACAAUGUUAUUAUUUGCCUCUACGGAGAUGGUCGACGAUGAAUCGAGGGCGUUCGAUCGGGGACCUUUCCCCUCGGAAUUGGAAUGGCUCAUAUUCAUUUGGGUUGCAGGUUUUGUUUGGGCGGAAGUGAAACAAGUGUGGGAGGAAGGAUGCAAGGCCUAUAUCCGGCAAUGGUGGAACUGGAUGGACUUCAUCAUGCUGUCGCUGUAUCUCUGCUCAUUCUCCCUCCGAAUGGUAUCCUGGUACCAGGUCCACAUGACAGACGCAGAACCCAAGGAGCUAAACAGAAAAGACUGGCCUGAAUACGACCCCACGCUCAUCUCAGAAGGAUUAUUCGCCAUCGCAAACGUAUUCAGUUUUGCUCGGAUUAUUUUCUUGUUUCAAGCGAACCCCCAUUUGGGGCCCCUGCAGAUCUCGUUGGGAUGUAUGCUGAUAGAUAUUGCCAAGUUCUUGUUUAUAUUUUUUCUCGUCGUGAUCUCGUUUGCGUGUGGAUUGAACCAGCUGUACUUUUAUUUCAAUAGGACGCUGAAGUUAGAAAGGGCGGCGCGAGAUAAUACAACUUGUGCGGCAACAAAGGAAAAUCCGUUUUUGUCGCUGGGUACCACUCUAGUAACCCUCUUCUGGUCGUUAUUUGGUCUCACCAACAAGAACGAGGUCCGUAUGAACCUGAUGGGGAGUGACGGCGUGGUCAAGGUGUUCUUCACGGAGGGUAUCGGGGAGACCCUGUUCAUUGUCUAUCACGCCAUGGCCAUCAUCGUCCUUAUAAACAUGCUGAUCGCCAUGAUGUCAAAUUCAUUUCUUACCAUAGAGGACCACGCCGACAGAGAAUGGAAGUUCGCCCGCUCUAAGUUGUGGAUGGGAUACUUCGACGAAGGCUCCACUCUCCCGCCACCAUUUAACCUGAUCGUGAGCCCGAAGUCCAUCUAUUACUUUUUCCGUGGAUGGAAAAGACUCUUAUGCAAAUGUAUUCGACGGAACAGGAGACCAAAGCUACGCCGGAAGUCAACAGAGGGUACAAUAAAGCAAUGCAACGGGGAUCAGAUAAGCCAAUCGAAUCGGCCGUCGAAGGGUAGCAACAGUGCGAGCAGCGCUUUUGGGGCGGACCAGGCCGUGCCAGGACCACCACUCUACCAGGAUGUGAUGCGGCGACUGGUGAGCAGGUACAUCCACCAGAUUAAAAAACAGCUGAGACAGGAUGGAGUAAACGAGGAUGAUCUCUUGGAGAUAAAACAGGACAUAUCAAGCCUCAGGUACGAACUUCGCGAAGAUAGAAAGCGCGAAUCUGCCCGAACGACGGGACACAUGGACAACUUGAAAAGGGACAUUCUUCGUAGUAUACACUGCAUUGGUGGUUUGCCCGUCAACGGUAUAACCAACGGCAUCCACGACGGAAACACCAUGCCUCAUUCCAUGUCCGGCAACUUCCUCUCGCAGAACGAGAUAGAGACGUUAAAGAACGAGAUCGUGACGUCAUUACGGGUCGAGAUGCGCGAACUUGUGCAGGAAUUUGCAAUGAACCAGCAUAAUAUGAACAGUAGUCCGAAUCACCUUCCCAAUAUUUUACCACCGAUAAAUUCCGAGUUGUAUCAUACUCACCUUUAUACUCAGUUGUGAUAUUUGGAUUGUGGAGGGUGAAGACGGUGUUUGUUUGCAAUAAGACUGAUAAUUUAUCUGUGCUGGUCACAGAACUUGACCAAAUGAGAAAACGGAAACGUAAUCCUCCAUUGCGCUUAGAACUGUAUAUUUUUCAGAGAACCUUAAGAAAAGGAUUCCAAGAUAACUGCUUUGUCGAAUGUGUGAAGGCCUAUUCCCUGUGCUUGAAUUUGAAAUUUUCCAUUUGUGUAUAAAAUACGUAGGCCUACUGAAUAUGUAUUUCAACGAUGUACGUGUAGUUGUGUAGACUGAUUUACAAAUACUAUGAAUGCCAAGUUUUAACUACUGUAAUCUGUGUUCAUAAUCACUGCACUGUGGCAAUGUUUAUCUCUAUUUACCUGUACCACCAGAAAAUACAUGUACAGUGAACACGAACAAAGAAGGACUUUAGGUCAAGUGAAAUCGAGGUAUAAAUUCCCGGUCAAAUGGUAAAAACUUCAAAUAUCAGUGAGUAUGAGUAUAUAUUGAGAAACGGUAAAGGAAGCCUUUAGAUGGUCCGUUCCGAUCCUCUGACAUCAAUGGCCAAUCAGAUAUUUGGCAUCAGUGACCAAUCGGAGCAUCCGUCACUAAAGAUUCAGAGAGACGAUAGUGGCACCAUCAGUGUGACCAUUCGGGGUGACCUUUAUCUGUUCGCCAGCUACAGUCAAUGAAAGUGCAGGAUUUUGAAAGGAAAACGAAUUACUCAUAGCAGAAAGGAACAUGGUGUAGACAAUAUGUGAUCAUUUGUGAUAAAGUGACCCAAGGUAGUUUUUAAGAAGGAUAUUUGAGGGCUACCUAUUGAUUGGCCGGUCAGAGUCAGGGGGCUUCGAAUGACUUUCGGAAAGGGUAAUGUGAUGUAACUUUGCCACAAGUACUGGUGGACAGAAACUUGGAUAUGUCUGGACCACCUCAGCACAGCCGAAACUCGAACCAUCUCGAAGUUUACUCGGAUAGCUCGCGCGAUUCUCGGGAAAGCGUCCCAUAGAUUUAGGUCACCAGUCCCAGGUGUGCAGCCCCCUGACAUGACCUUUUAUUUUCUGAUUGAGCUUUUUGGUAGCCCUGCAAAGACCUGAUGGUGAAUGUUUGAAGGGUACGCUUGAUUGCUUUGUUGUUGUUACUUUACGGCUGAUGGUUGGGUUCAGUGUCGUCAAAGAACCUGUCAAUUUGAGUCGAUCAUAUUAUACAUAUCUUUUCUUUACAAUUUUGAUGUUUUCAUUUACAGCAAUGUCAAAGCAUUUGUUAUAUUGUGUUAUAUUUUAAUGUCUAACUGGUUAGUUUGGUGUGAAACCCAACAUUCCACCUCCUCAGAUGGAAGGGUCCAUCCUGUGUGAUUCAGGGUUUUUUCACUCCUACGUCAUGUAAAUAUAGAGAGGAGGAGUAUAUCGAAAACCGACCUGAUCAACGAGGAUGUAUGGCCCUAGUGCCAUUGCCAAUGUGCGGCCUGUAUGGUCAAAGACCACUCAAAUCUUGUUUUCGGUUUAUUGGCUGCUAAGGUAUACUACACCACUUACCACCCCUUUGAGGCUGUAGAGUAUUGAAUGGUUUGCUCCAAUCUCCUAGCCUCGCAAUUAGUAACGGUUACUUAGUGAUACUUGCACCGUGUUCUUACUUUUGCUCCGCAGCAAAUGCUAUGUUGCCUCUUAUUGGGAGAUUGGGUCAGCCCGUAUUAUCGUUUCCUUUUUCAGUUUUUCAGCUACGAUAGAUAUGCGCAAUGUGAAAGAACAGGCCGAAGCGGGGAAGCCACGGCCGCAGUUUGGGCGGCUUCCGAGUUGCGGUAAUUUGCGGUAGCUUUCGUAAAUUUGCGGUAGCAUGCGGUCAGUCUUAUUUUUUAUCACUAUCGGUCAGCCGGAGGCUUCAAAUGUGACUGAAUAGCCGAAUAAUCAUCUUCUGGAUUAGCCUCACAAUUCCGAGUCCCACGAUUAGUCGAUUAGAAAAACAGCGCCCCUUCCUUCAAAGACGCGAUAAAGUUCUAUUUCAACUAGUGCAUUUGGAUCUUGGGACUUGGGGAACACGAUAGCUGAAGUUUCAUAUUAAAGGUUGCAUCUACAAUAAGGGAAAAGCCGUUUUUGCAAGCCCAUUUUUGCAAGGAAUAUACUGCGGAACUCGGAACUCAGGAAUACCCGAUGACUCGGAAUCUGGACUAGGCAGGAAUUGCCCGGAGUUCAGGAUUUUGAUUCUCCGGGGAUUGAAAGUGGCAUCUACGAGAGAAAAAGAAUACAAUGUACCUCUCGUUAUUCUGUAAUGGCCAAUUAUAAGUACACAAAACACUGUUAUGUACAGAAAUAUAUUAGAUACAUAAAUAAGGUGUACAAAUUAUGUGACGAUGCGAUGUUGUCAAACUGGUCAAAGGGUCAUAUCAGAUUGGGUUUAAAAUCCUUACUUAACAAGGACUAUAGCUGUCUCGCCUAAAAGAAAAAGAAAAUGGGUGACUAUACGUGUGAUUAUUCCUCUGGGCAG